AUGUCUGAAAGUCCAUUGGCACUCACUUUUGGUGCUAGAAAUAGUGCUUUCCUACAAACAUCCGAAGACUUCCGCAAACAAAGAGUCAAAGUCACAAGAAGAAUACACAAGUUGAAGCGUUAUUUAAAGAUUCAAAUUAAAGAUACAAAGAAUUAUAAAAGCAAGAAAAUCACUUCAGAUGAUUAUUCAAGUGAUAAUAAAUAUUAUUUGCUAUCCAUCUUAGAAGCUGAAAGGGAUUAUUUAUACGCAUUGGAAAUCAAAGCAUUAUUAGAUUUGAAUUCAUCAACUAAUGCACAAUCAAAGCAAAAAUUAUUAUCAACAAGAUUAAGAAAAAGUUUAAAAAUUUCACAAAAUUUAGUUGAAAUUUCACAAAACGAAUCAGAUGAAACCAAAAGAUUAGAAAUUUUGGUUUAUAAAGAACUAUUACAAGCUUAUUUAGCUAUUGUCUCUAAAAAAUGGAAAGUUGCAAUCUCUUCAUAUUCUUUAGCUAGAAUUGGAUUGAAAUUUUUAGAAAAACAUGGUGACAUUGCAGAAAAUAAAAUCUUGUAUAAGGAUAUCAUCGAAGAAACUAUAGAUGAACCUUUCAAAUUGGCAACUUAUAGAGAUUCUAAAUCUAUCUCAAUUGAUUUGAAUGAAUAUUCCAAGAUUAUUGCUAAUGAAUCUGCUAAAAACUCGGAAACUUUUAAAUUCAUUGAUGCUAAAGACAGUUCAUUUUUAAAAGCUGAUGAAGAAGCUGAAUUGAUUAAAGAAAUCGAUUGGAGAAGUUAUACUGCUAGAGUGAAAGAUGAAACAACAUCAAGAUUAUUAUCAAGAGCUCAAAACGUUAAAUUCGAUGAUUUGGAAUCAUAUGAUAACGCAUUGAUCCUAUGGCAAGAAGCCUUAGAGAAUCAUUCAUCUUUUAUUUCUAAAGCUGAUCAAAAUGAUGAUGAGGAACAAGAUGAUCAAAUUUUAUUAGCCUAUAUCAAAUACAGUUCUUUAAUAACGAGAUUAAGAAGAGAUCAAACUCUAUUAUCUGGGAAUAAAAAGGAAUCCUUAAGAAUCUUGGAUACUAUUAUAACAACUAUCAAUGAAAUCAAAGAAUUACCAGGUGUAUAUUCUGAUGAUGAGUUGUUUCAAAAUUUGGAAUUGUUAUCACAAUAUUAUCAAGGCUUGAAAUUGAAGAUGAUUGGCCAAAUAUACUUUGAUGAUAAGUCUUACAAAGAGUCAUUAUUGCUAUGCACUAAAUCCCUAGAAUCUUUAAAAGAUGCUAAAUUCACUGUUGAGAUUGAAUUCAUAAGUAAUAAAGAUUUACAAACUUUACAAUCAGACAUUUUAACAUUGAAACAAAACAGUCAUGUUUUAGCACAAAUUGAACAAGGUUUGUCAAAAGAUAAAUCAGUUGCAGAUGAUGUUUACAAGUUUUCAAAUGACUACAAAAAUAUUGUUAAUUUCCAAAUUGAAGCUGCACCUGUUAAACCAGUGCUAUUUGAUGUUGCAUUCAACUAUAUUUCCUAUAAUAAAAGUGACACCAAAACUCAGUUCCAAAAACAAACAACUCAAGAAAAAGCACAUGCUUCUCAAGAGCAAACCGAAAACAAGAAAAAGGGCUUCUUUGGUAUUUUUGGUCGCUGA